AUGAAUAGCAAACAAAUUCUUUCAUUAAGUGCAUUCGCCAUGACAAUUGCCACAGCUGCUGCUGGUAACUGGAAUGCUGGUGACACAAUUGCCUUAUUAAUUGGUAUUGCCAUGUUCUUUGUUCUCCUUUUAGCUCUCUUAGGUUGGAUCAGCAGAAAGAAAUAA